CAUGGACUGGGGCCUGCUGCUGAGCAGACUGACCGCGGUCGAAGGCCAGGGCCAGUGCCUUUACGCGGCGGUGCACAACAUUCAAACGGGAGCCUGCAUCGCCUACGAGCCGCCUGAGAUAUACCCGGGGGUCUCCGAGUCCGAGGUCCGCGAGCUUGCGUCAUCGCACCGGGAUCCACUGCGCAUGUACAGCGGUGGGGUGAGCAUCUGCAGACUGCGCUUUGCUUUCCUAAAAAUGGAAGGCAAGAACGUCAUCCUGCUGCGCAGGCCGGACGCCAAGUGCGCUGUUGGAUUCGCCAACACCGGUACGCGCCCCGAAUGCACAGAUGUGUCGCAUGGCAAGGGAAGAGGCACGGACAGUAAAGAGUCCGUCCGAGUUCAUAUCUAG